AUGGAUCGGAAUUGUAAUUAUAUGAAUAAAAUAAUGAAUUCCAAAAAUAGAAGACAUUAUAGUAUGCAUCCAGAAAAUGCCAUAUUUUUUGAUUACUUUAUUAAUUUAAAGAAAAAAGCCAUUGCCCAAGGUUAUAAUAACUUGGUUAUUUCUUUCAAAAAAAUCAUUAGUUCUAUAACAAAAUAUCCCUUACCAAUUAAAAAUAGUCUUGAUGCAUAUAAAUUAAAAGGUGUAGGAAAACGCUUUUCAAAUUAUUUUGAAAAAGCAUUAUCACAGAAUAAUGUGGAUAAGAAAAUUAAAAAUUUUAAAGAGGAUUUUAUAUCUAGUAAAACAGAAUUUCGUAUUAAUAUUCAUAUUAAUAAAGUUAUUAAUAGUGCCGAUAAAUUUUUAAAAGAUUUCGAUCGAGAAAUAUAUAACAUUAAAGCUUUAGGAGAAUUAUCAGAUGAUAAUAUAUUAAAAAAUAUAAAAGAAAUUGAAAAUGAUAACUUGUGUAAUAUUAAUUCAAAAAAUUUAAAUCAAUGCACUCUUGUUUCAAGUAAUAGACUUAAUGAAUCUUAUUCAAAAGGAAAGAAUUUAUCAGCAUGUAUGAAUAAUAUAGACAAAAUAACAUCUUUAAACAAUAAUAAAAAAAAGAAAUAUUCAGAUAUGAAUGAUACUGAAAAGAGUAUCUUAACAUAUCUUUAUAAAUAUGGUCAUCUAUAUAAUGAACAGGCAUUAAGUAAAGAAGAAAUUAUUUCUGGUGUUUUAAAAUAUUAUCAAAGAUCAAUAAUUGUAAAUUAUAAAACAUUAAGGAGAUUAAGUAAUUGGGAAUUUAUCCAAAAAAUUGAAAGUGUAGAAAAUAGAAUAUGUAAUACUAUCAAGUCGUCUAAAAUUAAAACCAAAUUAAAAGUUAUCAAUAAAAUUAAAUUAACAAAAAAGGGAAAGGAUUUUUUGGAUAAUGAAAAGGAUUAUAUAUUAGACACUCCUUUAAUAACUACAGAAAAAAUAGAUCAGCCAAAUGAUACAAAAGAAGAGGAUUCUAUUUUAAAAAAGGAGGAUGUUAAAAAUAGUAUCUCACAAUAUAGUUUCAAUACAGACAAUGAACUAAAGGAAGAAGAAAAUAACGUGUGCUCCAAAAAAGAAAGCUAUUCAUUAUCAUAUUUAAAAAAAAAUGUGACUUAUAGUGAUACGGAAAAAUGUUUGGAAUUAAAUAGAAAUAAAGAAGAACAAGAAAGUUGCUUACAUGUAUCCUACUUGAGUAUAUCAAAAAAUAAUGAAUUAUUAAGUCAUGAUUACUUAUUCGAAAGUGAAAAUGAAAAGCAUCAAGAUGAUAAAAAAUAUGAAAAAUAUGAAAAAUAUCAAAAAUAUCAAAAAGAUGAAGAACAAAAUAUGCAAGAAAAUAUUUCAUUAAAUGACAUUCAAAAGUCAGAUACAGUAUUAGUUCAAAAGGAACAAAAAGAAGAAUUUUCUGAAUAUAACCAACUCUUUAAAAAAACAAAUACUCUUAGUUCUUCCUCUUAUACUAAUUAUAGUAUAUCCUUUGGAUUUAAUGAUGACUUAAAUAAAAAAACAGAUUCUUUUAAUAAAAAUAAAAAGGGUAGAAUUUAUAAAAAAUAUAAACCACGCUUAUUUAAUAAGACAAAAGAAAUUACUGAGGAAGAUAAAAAUAAUUUAUUUAAAAAGAAAAAAAAAAAUGUAAAUAAUGACGAAUUCGUAGAUGCUAAAAGUGUAAGUAUUUUGAGUGAUACAUUUGAAGAAAGAAAAAAAGCUAGUGGAAAUGCAGAUGGUCUGCACUUAUCCAAUUCAUACGAUUUAAUAGAAAAAAAAAUUAAAAACAUAAAGAAAAGAAUAAAUACAAAUUUGAAAGAAAGAUUAGAAAAAAAAAAAUUAAAUGGAGAUGAUUCAGGCAGCAGUUCCUCAGAAAAGUUUGAAAGCAGCGCAUCAAAGGAAGAGUCCAUUUUUUCAUGUAACAAAAAUAAAUUAAGAACAGAAGAAGAUGACAAAUCUUUGAAAUUAACAAAUUAUAUAUGGGACCAAAACAAAGUGGAAGAGAAAAAUGAAAACAAAGGAGAAACUACCUUUUUAGUAAAAGAAUAUGAAAAAUAUUAUAAUGAUAUUGAUGAAACUAAAAAGAUGAAAGAUGUGGAUAUAGAUAAAUCCAUUUUUAAUAGUACCCUUUUGAAGAAUAAUUCGAAGAAUAUAAUGAAUGAAGUACAAGAUACAAAUAUAUUUUUAAGAAAUUUACAAAAUGAUACGAAUAAUUUAAGAGAACAACAAUUUUUAUCAUUAAAUAAUGAAGGUGUAAAUUUUGAUAAUACUAAUGAUGAGAAGGAUAAAGUUAAAAAGAACAAAAGGAAGAGGAGUUCAUUAAAUAAUAUUGAAAAUAAUGAAAAGGAUGAAGGAGAUGAAAAAAAAAAAAAAAAAAAAAAAAAGAGCAAAACGGAGAAAGGAAAUAACGUAGAAUUGGAUAACUCCAAUAUAAAUAAUUUAAAUAAAGAAGAUAAAGAUUUAAAUGAAAUGGAUGAGAAUAAUGAAACGUGCAAGAUAAAAUAUGGUGGAUAUGAAAUAAUUAUGAUAAUUGACAAUAGAGAAGUAACAGGAUCUAGUUAUGAGUUUAAUGAAAAACUGAAAAAAGUAUUUAGUGAUAAAAAUAUUAAAUAUGAAACAAGAAAUUUACCUUUGGGUGAUAUUAUAUGGAUAUGUAGAAGAAGUGUAUAUAAUAAGAGUAGUUCAAGUAAGAAAAAGAAACAAAUGAAGAAAAUGAAAAGAAAAAAGAUGAUGAUGGAUGAAGAAAUAAAUAUUGACAUUAAAGACGAUAUUUUAGAAAGGAAUAACUAUUCUAUUACAAAAGAGAAUGAUUAUUUUCAAAUUAGUGAUGAUGAUAAUAAUAAUAAGAAGAAAGAGAAAAUGUUGUGUGCUAAUAAAUCAAUUGAGCCUUCUAUAAACAUAGGUGAAGAUGAUGAUGUAGAAUAUGAAGAAUUUGUUUUAAAAUGGAUAAUAGAACGAAAGACUUUAAAUGAUUUAAGUGCAAGUAUUAUAGAUGGUAGAUAUGAUGAACAGAAAUAUAGAAUGAUGAGAUUAAGAGAUAUACAUCACAUAAUAUAUUUAAUUGAGAAUUGUAAUAAUACAUAUAGGAAUUAUAUGAAUUCAUCAAAAAUAUCAUAUGAAACAUUAAAUAAUGCUCAACAUAGUACUCAACUAGUUAGUGGUUUUUCUAUAUUGAAUAGUCAACAUAUGAAUCAUACAUUAUUUCUUUUAUGUGAAAUUCAUGAAGAAAUAAUAAAACAUAUAAAAUUAUUUUGUCAUAUAAAAGAAGAAGAGCAACAUAUCAUGAGACAUAAUGAUGACUUGUCUAAAUAUUUACAGAAUUAUUCAUGUUCUUGGGAUGAAUGGAAUAAUGAAUCUAAGAAAUCCAAAAAUAAUAUUGUAAAAGAAAUAUUUGGGAAGCAACUAAGAUUAAUAAAUAUGUGUGGACCUGAUGCGACCGAAUUAAUAUUAUCUUUAUGGCCUACUCCAACAAAAUUAAGUGCAGCAUUAAAUAAAUAUACACAUGAUGGAAUAUUAGCUGAAAAAUUGAAGAGAAUAUAUUUGAAAAAUCAUGAUAUGAUAGGAAAGAAAAGAAUUAAGUCUCCAAUAGAUGUUCAACUUAUUGCACAGUUGAGACAGCUUUAUGCACCAGAUUCAAUAGAAAGAUGGUAA